AUGAAUGCAAACGAGGCGGUACCCAUUGACGCCGCUUCGAUAUCAGGUAGCAGCAGUGAUUCCUCCAUGAGCGGCUCAUCCAUAGACCAGAAUGACUACGCAAGUAGUGCUUCGUCUGUCAGCAGCGGUGCUUCUCUCACAUUCGAGCAGAACGCCAAAGAGAUCGAUGGAUACACCACGUGUUAUCCACAUUCGACGUCUUUCCAGCUUGGCGAACAUGCAAUUGAUGAUAUUCGGCCGCUGAAGGUCGCCGUCGUUGGUGCAGGGCUCAGUGGCUUAAUGGCCGGCGCUUUGUUGCCUGUCAAGGUACCAGGCAUCCAGCUGGUCAUCUUCGACAAGAACGAUGAUGUCGGAGGCACGUGGCAUGAGCACCGAUAUCCAGGCGUGCGAUGCGACAUACCCUCGCACGUAUACCAGUCAAGCUUCUCGCCCAACACUCAAUGGUCUGAAGAAUACACCACAGGUCCAGAGAUCCGGAGGUAUUGGCAGGACUUCGCAAAGAAGUACGAUGUCUACUCUAAAUUGCGGCUGUGGACCAAAGUUAUCGGGUCGUAA